AUGGAAGCUUAUUACAGCCAAUUUGCCGACGUCUUUUCGACCCUUCCCGAGGGCUAUCUUCCCAAGUGGUUGCUGUUCACCUCUGCCCUUGGCAUCUUCAAUUCCAUUCAAAAUUUUUGCACCAGUUCAUUGACCAAACGCGUUUACGCAAACAAGCCAGAAGAAGUAACACCCUUGAGCGGUCGUCUUUUUGCUACAUGGACUUGGUCUGUCAGUAUGAUUCGUAUCUAUGCUGCUUUCCACCUUCAACAUAAAUUCAUGUAUGAUCUCGGUAUUUGGACCUACGUAAUUGCUUUGACCCAUUAUGCUGGUGAGCUCUUGGUAUUUCGUGGCUGCAAGUUAAAUGGCCCUUUCAUGUCCCCCUUGUUUGUUGCUGUUACCUCUCUUAUUUGGCUCACUCAAGUCAAGGAUUCCUAUGUCAAAUUCUAUUAG